GUUCAUCAGUUCGUAAGUUGCUUGGUUGAAACUCUUUAACAAUUCAUUACGAAAAGUUGUAAAUUUAUUAAACAAUGAACAAACGCAUUAUCAUUUCUUUUCUUUUCUGUAUGAGUUUAGUUGUUAUCGAUUCACAGAAAACCGCUGAUCAAAAAGAAGUCGCAGAUCGUUUUAGAAAAAUGAGUGAAGACUUUAGAAGGGAGAUGGCUUCUCAAAAACCACCAAAGAUCGAUUUUUCGGGUAGUUCUAUUAGAGGUUCAAACCGUCAGGGCUUUGAUGUCCUUGGACGAGCUGAAGUUCCAGUUUGGCAAAGUCGUGAUGGACGGUCGUCUUUACAUGGAAAUACACAGUAUUCGCAACAUCUUGGAGGUUUCGGAGGGAACAGUAAGCCAAAUUAUCAAUUUGGAACCACUUUUAGGUAUAGAUUUUAAAAAGUCAUAAGAUAAAUAAUCAGUAUUUUUAAAAAUGUUAUGUUGAAUACAAAAAAAAAACAAACCCGUUUAUUAAACUAGACUACAGAAUUAAUAAUUCAAAACAAUACAUUUUCAAAGCAAUUGGUUAUCCUUAAUUGGAA